AUGAGCUAUCCUCAGAAGGACGUAUGUAAAUGGGCGCUUAUGCACCAUAAUAGAAGGAGCAGAAGAGCGAGCUGCUUCAAGCCUAAGCCAGAACUGCAAACAGUAGUAAUACCGCCGCCCGUAUCACCGUACAGAAUGGUGUCUGUGGUUGCAAGAUGGACCAGAGGAGUGAGCUGCUUCAAGCCUAAGCCAGAACUGCAAAAAGUAUCAAUACCGCCGUCAAGGCCCUCUCCGUCCCCACUGGAAGCGGCGGCACCCACCACGCGUGGAGGCGCGCUCGCGCGCGCCAAGAAAUCUACUGCCUCAGCCAACUCCCGGACCACGGUGGCUGCCAAACCAAGCAGUGCGCCGAAGAGGAAACCGGUCAUCACUUCCUCGGUGACGGGGAGGAAUCUACUGACGGGCUGGCCCAUUAAGAAAAUAGCGGCAGCGACAAUAACAACAACGACAACAAGAAAGAGCGGGACGCCGUCCAGCACCGCUGAUGGACGACCUCCAUCCACGGGGGGUCCCGUCACCCCGCCGACCGUGGAUCUUACCACACCUCCAGCGGGGACCGGCGCCGCCAAGAGGACCAGCGGCGGGUCAGUGCCAAUGAGGAGGCCGAGCGGGGGUGCAUCCACCACCUUGACCCCUCCCGUAAAGGAAAAGGAGAGAAGCCCGGGGACGAAGAGAAGGAGCACCCAGGCUACGACGGUGCCUCCUCAACCUGGCCUGCCCCAACGGACAGCAGCCAGGAAGGUGACCCCCGCCGUCACCUACGUUGAACUAACCAGAGGCACGUCGACCGUCACCACAACUAUGACGACGAGGAGGAUGGCACGGGCGACCUCCCUCCCGCCUGUGCCGAGAAACGACAGAGAUGGGGGUGCAUCUACCACCCAAACGCCCUCCACCAUGCCAGUGACGGUGCCGUGCACCUUCGCGACGGCGAGGACAUUGACCUUAACGACGACCUCGAUCUAUAGCAAGCCGGUGGCCGUCGUCACCGUCGCUACAAGAAGAAGUGGGGGGGGGGGGGGAAUCUCGCCGAGUGGGCUGAAGAAAAAGAUCCAGGAAGACACGGUGCUCCUGGAAUCUGCGACGACGACCAGGGCGCAGGCUGCCAGGGCAACCACCGAGCCCCCGAGCCCCCCAGCGGAUAUGGGCCCUGAGACGGUGAGCGACACGGCCACUCCCACAACACCGGAGGAGCGCCCUGUGACGAAAUGGAGCUGGUGUUUGUUAGGUCGUCUAUUGCGGGAGGUAUGCGCUGAGACAGCGGAUGUCUCGAAUGCGCUGGUUCUGGGUGUUGUCAGGUGCUCUGCGUCUUGUGGUUCUUCGGAACCCCGUACGCUUGGUGGAGUGUUUGGUAUAUAG